AUGCCACUCACAGCGGCCGAAAUCCUCGCCCAUCCAGCCUAUGAUACCGUCGACUGGCACUUGGAGCCCUCGAAGUCCGGCUACUGCGAGGCGGCUAAGACCAGACAUGGAGGUCCAUUUAAACUCUACUGGGAAAUUCAUGGCAAGGGCGAGGUCAAGUUGGUGUGGAUAAUGGGCCUCGCCGCCUACCGCACCGCCUGGAAACGACAGACCAAGUACUUCGGCCACGACCGGUCGGACCAGUACUCGUGCUUUGUGUUUGACAACCGUGGGAUGGGCCUUAGCGACAAGCCGUCAUGGAUGUAUUCGACGUCUGAGAUGGCCCGCGAUGUGAUUGACAUGCUCGAACAUGUCGGAUGGCUACCGUCGUCGUCGGCCUCUCCACCCAAUCAUCCAGCACUCUCCGACAACACAUCAACCAGCACGAAGACUCCCACUUCUCCAAAACGAGACCUGCACGUCGUAGGCGUCAGCAUGGGCGGGAUGAUCGCCCAAGAACUCGCGCUCCUCAUCCCACAACAUCUGGCCUCGCUCUCCUUAAUCUCGACGGCGCCGCGCAUCGUACGCACGGUGCCCUUUGUCCAGAACCUCCGCCAGCGCAUCAACAUGUUCAUCCCGCGCGACAUCGACGUCCAACUGGAAGAGAUUGCGCACCGUCUGUUCUCGGACGAGUUCUUGGCCCUUCCCGACACGGAGCACCCGGUGCACAACUUCCCCACGAACCGCGACCGCUUCGCCGCCGGCGAGCUGCAGAAGAGGCUGGACCACACGGGAUUCACCAAGAAGGGAUUCAUGCUCCAGGCCAUCGCGGCCGGGUGGCAUCACAAGUCAGCCCAUCAGAUCAAGACCAUGGGUGACGUUGUCGGCCGGCCCAGGAUCGCAGUCGUGCACGGCACUAUUGACCGCAUGAUCGAUUUCCACCACUUUGAGAUGCUGAAGGAAGAGCUCUGCGAAGGCCACCCUGAGGGGUCCGACGGAUCCUGCGCGUUCAGGGUCUGGGAGGGCAAGGGGCACGUUCUUGUAUGGGAGGUCGAAGACGAGUUCAAUCGCUUCCUGGAGGAGCGGUUCGACACGUGCACCAACAUGGCAUCGUGA